AGCACAUAUCAUCACGGAACCAGUUACGAAACGAGUUCAUACCACACAGACGUGAAGUUCUAUCUCUUGAAACAUGGCACAGUUUGUGUAUUUUACUGCUUUGUUGGUGUUGUGUGGGACAGGGGACUCACUGGAAACCACUACCAGCCCUCAACAACAAAAUACUGGCGAUACCAAGGACUUAUGUGAGAAAUCCAUAUCUACCCAUGGAUUUCCGGAUAUUGCAGGAUCCAACGGCAUGCCGGGAAUGCCUGGCAUUCCGGGACCACAAGGACCGCAGGGAAGAGAUGGAGUUAAAGGACAGCCUGGUGACGAGGGAUCGCAAGGAAUGCUCGGACAAAAGGGAAAGAAAGGAAAUGAAGGGCCUCAUGGAAAGAGCGGACGGCCAGGAAUGAUGGAAAUAAAAGGAGCGCGUGGAACUGUGGGAGAUCAAGGAAUAAAAGGCGAUAAGGGAGAGAAAGGAGAAAGCGUGACAAGUCCUUCUAGUGCAGUGUCACAAACCAACUGGAAACAAUGUCCAUCUGGGAGUCCCGAGCUGCGUCAUCAUCAAUCAUUUGAGGGAUACUGUGAAAACAUCCCACAGGGCACGGUUAGAGUGGAAUUAUGGGUAGGAUCUUGUCCUAGUGGCAAUACUUUGGGUGAAGCUUACACUGGAUGGGAAUCAGUGUCUCGGAUAAUGAUCGAGGAAGUGUCUAGGCCCCAGUCCUAA